CACAAACACCAACAUUAUCGUAGAGAAAGGAAUAAGUCUUUCGUGAUAUACAACAUUGGGCUUAACAUGUUACUUUUAUCAGAAACGUCAAUAUCUCAAGAAAACUCUAGACUUCUCUCGAGUAAAUGAUUUAUAUAAGCUUAGAUUAUGUUACUCUCGAGUGUAGUGUAGAGAAAAAAAGAAGAUGUCAAUAAUUCCGAUCAAUGAUCGCCGGAGACUAUCUCCCGGCAACAGAAUCUUGGAGCCAUUUGAACUCAUGAACACCUUUCUUGAUUUUGCAUCACCAUCAUCAUCUCUCUUUCUUUCUCACCACUUCCCUUCAUUUUCUCGAGAAAUAUUCCCAUCAACCGUCGAGACGCAGCUAAAUUGGACGGAGACUCCCACGGCUCACGUUUUCAAAGCGUAUCUUCCGGGAGUGACUCAAGACGAAGCAAUCGUGUUCGUAGACGAUGAAGGAUACCUCCAGAUCUGUACUGGCGACAACAAGUUCAUGAGCAGAUUCAAGCUUCCUAACAACGCCUUGACGGAUCAGGUCACUGCAUGGAUGGAAGAUGGCUAUCUCGUCGUGUUCGUCGCGAAAGAUGGUUCUUCUUCGCCACCACAGUUGCCGGAGAUUGAGGAGAAUCGUAACGUCAGAGUCGUGGAGAUCACUGGCGAUGAUGAUUAGUUAAAAACUUAAAAAGUUUUAAC